CAAUGCCCUGGCUGACGAUGAUGAGGAGCCAGGCCUUCGAGCCAAGCCGAAAACUGGACCUGGCAAAGGAAAGCCUAUAAAGACAGCUGCUUCAGCUUUUGCGCUACUGGGCGAGGCCGAGGAUGAGGAGGACGAGGAAGUGCCGAAGAAAGCUUCCCCUGGCAGGAAGGCGGCCAAGAAAGGAGGAUUUGCCGCCCUUGGUGAGGACGACGAGGAGGAUGUGGAAGAGCCAAGCAAGCCAUCUAGUAAGAAGGCCAGCGGCGGUGCAAGCCCCAGCCUUGUCAUUGCGGAGGUGCUCAGCGUACAGUCUCACCCAAAGGCCGACCGGCUAAAAGUGGUCGAUGUGGACUGGGGCAAGGACAUGUCGGUGGUGGUGACGAAUGCCGCCAACGUAGAAGAGGGCAUGAAGGUUGUCUUUGCGCCUGUGGGCUCGACCACACCGGGCAGCGGUCUUAAGAUGGAGCGCAAGCAGCUGAAGGGAGUGGAGAGCUUUGGCAUGCUGUGUUCCGCGUACGACAUUGGGUGGAUCCCGGAGCCGGAUAACAUCCUAGUGGUGUUGCCGGACAACGCAGUAGUGGGCGAGCCAUGCCCCAAGGAGGCCCCCAAGGGCCUCAAAUCCAAGCUGCUCUCCUCAGCGGUGGAUGGGGAGGAGGCUGAAGAGGAGGAAGAGGCCGCGGCGGCGGUGGCUGCCAAGCCUAAGAAGGAUGCCAAAGGUGGCAAGAAGGGCAAGAAGGGCGGAAAGGACAUGAGCAGCCUGUUCGCUGCUCUGGAGGAGGAUGCCGCAGAGGCAGUGGAGGAAGAGGAGGUGGAACCGGUCCCAAAGCCCAAGUCUGGCAAGGACAAAAAGGCGAAGAGAGGCGGCAAGGACAUGAGCAGCCUGUUCGCGACAUUGGAGGAGGAUGCUGAGGGCGGGGGCUCUAAAGCGGAGGAAGAAGAGGCGGAGGAGCCGGCUCCCAAGCCCAAGGCCAGCAAGGGCAAGAAGGGCGGAAAGGACAUGAGCAGCCUCUUCGCUGCCCUGGAGGAGGAUGCCGCGGGUGGAGCAAAAGAGCCGGAGGAAGAAGAGGAGGAGGAGCCGGCUCCCAAGCCCAAGGCCAGCAAGAGCAAGAAGGGCGGAAAGGACAUGAGCAGCCUGUUCGCUGCUCUGGAGGAGGAUGCCGCGGCGUCCACGUCUACAGCGGUGGCCGAGGACGACGGCGACGCAGCAGCUCCUAAGAAGAAGGACGGCAAGAAGAGCAAAAAGACUGGCAAGGAUAUUGACAGCUUACUUGCCGCCCUAGAAGGAGAUGCCGCGACAUCGUCAGCGCCGGCAGCCGAGGGUCCCGCUGCAGCUGCCCAGGAUGACGGGGACGCGCCCAAGCAGAAGAAGGAGAAGAAGAAAAAGAAGGACAUGAGCGAUCUAUUUGCGGCGCUUGAAGCUGACGCGGAAGCCUCCUCCACCCCUGCGCCUGCGGUUCCUGAGAAACCCUCACCGGCGGCUGCUGGCAAGGGUGGCAAGGCCGCAGCCAAGAACAAGGAGGAGGAGGAAGUGGAGGCGCUGCUGGCGGAGCUGGAUAAGCCUAAAGAGCCCGCUGCAGUUGACGCCGCCAUUACGUCCGAGCGUGUGUCAGCGAUGGCCGUCCUUCCGAAGGCACACCAGGAAUCUGGUUUCCUAUUGUGUUUGAUUGUGCUCAAGCAAGAGCUAAAUUGUGCGAUCUGGCAUCCGACAGGCAAGAAGAACGACAAGAAAAAGAAGGGCAAGGGUGGCAAAGCUGAGAAGGAGGAUGAAGACAUUGAUGCGCUUCUGGCUAUGAUUGACGGGCCCAAGCAACAGCAAGCCAAGCCAGUAGAAGUUACCGCUCCUGCACCAGCGGUCGCUGAGCCGGUGGCGGCUGAUGGGGAAGGCGGCGAAGGUGAAGAGGGUGCUGACGAGGCCGGCGGCGAGGAAGGUGGCGAGGGCGGCAAGGAGCUGACGGCGGCGCAAAAAAAGAAACUAAAAAAGAAACAAAAGGAGAAGGAGAAAAAGGCCGCGGCAACAGAAGGCGGCGCCCCGGCGGCCGAGGGUGCCGCUGCGCCCGCGGAGGUAGCAGCGGAGGAGGAGGCGGCGACGGGCGGCAAGGGAAAGAAGGGCAAGCCCGUCAAGGAGAGCGCCAUCGCCAAGAAGCUGCGUGAGCAGCUAGAGGCGCGCAAGAAGGCGGAAGAGGAGGCGGCCAGGCUGGAGGCCGAGCGGCGCGCUCGUGAGGAGGAGGAGCUACGGCGACUGGAGGAGGAGGAGCGGCGCAAGGAGGAGGAGAAGCAACGGAAGAAGGAGGCGCAGCGGCUCAAGCGCGAGCAGCUUAAACGUGAGGGCAAGCUGCUGACGGGCAAGGCGAAGGAGGAGGCUGAGCGGCGCGCCGCAAUGGCCGCGCAGCUUCUAGCCAAGGCGGCUGAGAAAGGAAUCGACCUGAGCCAGCCCGCCGAGGCAGAGAAGAAGAAAAAGGUCGUCUACAGCAGUAAGAAGAAACUUGGCAAGAAAGCUCCUGGGCAGGAAGGCGACCGUGAGGGCUCACCCGAGGCGCCGGCAGAGGCGGAGGCAGCAGCGUCGCCAAAGGAGGCGGCAGCCGCGGCAGCGCCAGCCGAGGCCGCGGUGUUGGCGGAGGCCACCGUGGCGGCCGUGGCGGAAGAGCCGGCGGCCGCAGCGGGUCCUGCAGCGGCGGCCGCGCCGGAGCCGGAGCCGGAGGCGCUGGUGGAUGAUUGGGAUGCGGUUGAUGACUGGGACAAGAUUGAUCCGGACGCUCUGUUGGCUUCCAAGAAGACCAAGGAGCAGGAAGAGGCGGAGGCGCGCGCGGCCGCAGAGGCGGAGGCGAAGGCCAAAGCCGAGGCGAAGGCGAAGGCGGAAGCUGAGGCAAAAGCCAAGGCAGAAGCCGAAGCUAAGGCAAAAGCGGAGGCGGAGGCGGCGAAGGCCGCGGCUGCCGCCAAGGCGACCGCCAACGGCAAAGCAGCGGUCAAGCCGGUGAAGGAGGCACCGAAAGCUGCGGCGAAGCCGAAGGACGUGGACGAGGACGAGAGCGCCUCCGAAGAGGAGUCCGAGGAGGACGAGGAGUCCGGGUCUGAGUCGGGCAGCGAGGAAUCAGGAAGCGAGGAGGAGAGCAGUGAGGAGGAAAGCAGCGAAGAGGAGAGCAGCGAUGAGAGUGAUGAUGACGAUGAGGAUGACAGUGACGACUACAGCGAAGACAGCGAGGAGGCGCGACAGCAACGCAUUGAUGAAGCGCGGGAACGCCGACUGGCGCGUGCCGCUGAGGCCCGUAAGAACGCCAACAAGGAGCAGCUGCGCUCGCCCAUUUGCUGCAUCUUGGGUCACGUCGACGUGGGCAAGACUAAGAUCCUAGAUAACAUUCGCCGGACAAAUGUGCAGGAUGGCGAAGCAGGCGGUAUCACGCAGCAGAUUGGUGCCACGUUCGUGCCUGCUGAGGCUGUGGAGCGCCGCACGGAGACACUGCGGGGUGGUCGUGCCUUCGACAUGAAGCUGCCUGGUCUGCUGGUCAUUGACACGCCCGGUCACGAGUCCUUCACCAACCUGCGGCAGCGCGGCAGUGGCCUUUGUGACAUGGCUGUGCUCAUCGUGGAUCUGGUGCAUGGCCUGGAGCAGCAGACCAUCGAGUCCAUCAACCUGCUCAAGAUGCGCAAGACGCCCUUCGUCAUUGCGCUAAACAAGGCAAGCAGAUGCAGGCACAACUGCAGAAGCAACCGGGAUGUGGACCGUUUGUACGGCUGGAAGAGCGUGCCUGACUCGCCCAUCCGUGACUCGUUCAAGCGCCAGAAGGAGUUUGUGAUGUCCGAGUUUGAGCAGCGCUGCAGCCAGGUCUUCUUACAGCUCAACGAGCAAGGAUUGAACGUGUCGCUGUACUGGAAGAACUCCGACCCGCGCAAGUUCGUCAACGUGGUCCCUACCAGUGCCAUCACCGGCGAGGGGAUCCCCGACCUGCUGCAGCUGAUUGUCAAGCUGACGCAAACCAUGAUGACGGACCGCCUCAUGUUCGUUGCGGAUACACAGUGCACGGUGCUCGAAGUGAAGACCAUGGAGGGUCUGGGUACCACCGUGGAUGUGGUGCUAGUCAACGGUGUGUUGCGGGAAGGCGACAAGAUCGUGGUGUGCGGUCUAGGAGGUCCCAUCGUCACCAGGAUCAAGGCGCUCAAGACGCCGCAGGUGCUGCGUGAGCUCCGUGUCAAGGGCGCGCUGAUGGAACACAAGGAGAUUCGAGCGGCCAUGGGAGUCAAGAUUGUGGCCCCUGGGCUGGAGUCGGCAGUGGCGGGAACCAGCCUGUUCGUCGUGAGCCCCGACGACGACGAGGAGGAGCUCAAGGACGCGGUGAUGGAGGAUAUGGCGGACAUCUUCUCCAAGGUCGACAAGGGCGGAGAGGGCGUGUGCGUGCAGGCCUCCACGCUGGGCUCCCUGGAGGCGUUGUUGGCCUUCCUGUCCAGUCCCGAGGUCAACAUCCCAGUUUCAGGCAUCAACAUUGGCCCCGUGCACAAGCGCGAUGUCUUGCGCGCCAAUGUCAUGAACGAAAAGAAGUGCCCCAAGUACGCAGUCAUCCUGGCCUUCGAUGUGCCAGUGUCCAAGGAGGCACGCGACUUGGCGGAGGACUACAACGUCAAGGUCUUUACCGCCGACAUCAUCUACCACUUGUUUGACCAGUUCACGGCCUACGUAAAGCAGGUCAAGAGCGCCGAGCAGGAGGCCGCAAGGUUCAAGGCCGUCUUUCCCGUGGUGCUUCGCAUCUUGCCCACUUGCGUCUUCAACAAGAAGGACCCCAUCGUGGUGGGCGUAGAUAUAGCCGAGGGUAUUGCCAAGAUAGGCACACCGGUGGCUGCGCAGACUGAGGCGGGGCUGGUCGAGCUGGGCCGGAUUGCGGGCAUGGAGAUCAACCACAAGGCGGUUGAGAAGGCCCGGGCGGGCGAGAGCGUCGCCAUGAAGAUCGAGGGUCAGACGACGGAGGAGAAGUCGCGCCUAUUCGGGCGGCACUUUGACCACACUCACCAGCUGGUGUCGGUCAUUAGCCGCGAGUCCAUUGACGCGCUUAAAGAGUACUUCGCGGACGAGAUGACGAAGGACGACUGGCGCCUGGUCAUCAAGCUCAAGAAGGUCUUCCAGUCUCGUCAUUCCCCGCGGCUUGCAUUCAGCGGCGUGCACGUGCACGAGCACAACAGACGCGGUGUACACACACACCGCGCCCGCCUGGUGUCUAGCAUUUACCUAAGGUCACGAUACUGUCAUUGUAAGCCCUUAAUUUCUCUACUACACUUUGUGUUGAUUAGCGCAAUGGCUGACCAAGUUCUGCCAGGAAACAUUCCGAACAAUAAUAACCAGAAUAACCCGAAUAAUGUAGUUAUUCAGCCUCCUGCUGCAGCUCAAGGCGUGCCCGCGCAAGUCGUAGAGCAGCUGGUUCAGGACCAGAACUUCAAUGCGGUUUUCACGAACAUUAGCGCGGGCAGGGAGGAGGCUCUGUCGAGGAGGUAUACAGACCUGGAACAGAAUCACGAGGCUUCGUGCCCGAAGGCGUUUAAGUUCAUGGCGGCGUGGAUUCGCGACAUCGGGUCCAAAGUCUACUCGGCACACUCCGCUCUGAAGGUCAUUCAGGCUACGGUUGCGGACGUAGGGCCCAUCGUGGACAUUCUGCAGCAAAGCGUUUUCAUAAUGGACCUGCUUUACGCGUCCUGCGAUGCUGGUGGUCGGUGCCAUCAGUUUCACCUGGAGGUAAUGCAGCAAUACUUUAACAAUAAUCGGCAUCAAGCUGUCAGUCCGACGGCGGAGGUCAAGGCGGACACGAAUCGCCUAUACGACUGCGGCUGCGGUAUAUAG